UCGCUGAGGACACACACACACACAUACAUGCAUAUCCUCUCACACACACACUCACAGCUGUUGGUACAUCUCUCUCUGAUGAGCGCCGGGGCUCGCAGCCCGCCGGAAUCUGGGAGAAUCUGCUCGACCCGGCAGCGUCUACAUGGCAAAUCUGGACUGACAAGCGGACAGACGGGUUCUUUCUUCUCAGCGCUGGCCGGCUCUCGCUUCCAGCUCUGCUCGUAUCCCGCUCUUUCUCGUCCCCUCGUCUCUCGCCGGCUGACUGUUGGAAUUUGAGCACAGACGGCGAGCGACAGUGAAAAACAGAGACAUGUGUUCCGCCUGGGCCGCUCUCCGCCGCCGCCUGCUCUCUCCCAUUCACUGAAAGGAAACACAAGGUUGGUGGAGCUCAGGUGAGAGUCGAAGCGGCAACCAGGGAGCCAAAACCAGUGAGGCGAAGCAGGCAUGAGUGCGGACGGCCAUCAGGGGGUGGUGACCACUCCUCCUCCGCCCAGCGGGGGCACCAAGGAGCGAUACUUCGACCGGGUCGACGUCAACGAUCCGGAGUACAUCCGAGCCCGGAACAUGUCGCCCGACCUCCGGCAGGACUUCAACGUUCUGGAGCAGAAGAAGCGCGUCACACAGAUCCUGCAGAGCCCCGCUUUCAAAGAGGAGCUGGAGAGUCUGAUCCAGGAGCAGCAGCGGAAGGGGAACAACCCCACGGGCCUGCUGGCCCUCAGGCAGAUCGCCGACUUCUUCAUGGCCAGCUCGGUGGCCGGCUUCAACACUUCCCCCCUCAGUCUGGGGAUGGUGACUCCCAUCAACGACAUGUACGGCGUGGAGUCGGCCACCCUGGUGAAAGGCGAGAAGCUGACGCGCUGCAAACUGGCCAGCCUCUACAGGCUGGUGGACCUCUUCAGCUGGGCUCAUUUCGCCAACUCCUACAUCACAGGCCGGGUCAGUAAGGAGCAGGACCACAUCCUCAUCAUCCCCAGAGGCCUGUCGUUUGCUGAGGCGUCCGCCUCAAACCUGGUGAAGGUCAAUAUCAUCGGGGACGUGAUCGAUCAGGGCUCCACCACGCUGAGAGUGGACCCGGCGGGCUUCAGCCCCCACGCCGCCAUCUACUCCAUGCGUCCAGACAUCCGCUGCGUCAUUCACGUGCACACUCCUGCCACGGCAGCCGUGUCCUCCAUGAAGUGUGGCAUCCUCCCCAUCUCCCAGGAGGCUCUGAUCUUGGGAGACAUCGCCUACUACAACUACCAGGGCAGCCUGGACGACCCGGAGGAGCGCAGGGAGCUGCAGAAGGCGCUGGGGCCCACGGCAAAAAUUCUGGUGCUGAGGAAUCACGGCGUGGUCGCUCUCGGGGAGACCAUCGAAGAGGCCUUUCACUACAUCUACAAUGUCCACUACGCCUGUGAGAUCCAGGUGAACGCUGUUUCGUGUGCUGGAGGUGUGGAUAACCUCAUUGUGCUGGACCCCGAGAAGUACAAAACGCGAGUGUUUGACUUGGCGUCGGCGUCUUCUAUCGGCAUGGGCGCUCAGUACAAGUGGAAGGUGGGCGAGCUGGAGUUCGAGUCUCUGAUGAGGAUGCUGGAUAAUCUGGGCUACAGGACGGGCUACACGUACCGACACCCCAUCGUCCGGGAGAAGCCCAGGCACAAGAGCGACGUGGAGAUUCCCGCCACCGUCACGGCGUUCAUGUUCGAGGAGGACGGCGAGGCCACCCGGCUGCCCUUCAAGUUCCUGCAGCAGCGGCAGCAGCGGGAGAAGACGCGCUGGCUCAACUCGCCCAACAGCUACACCAAGGUCAGCAUCGAGGGAGGAGAGGACCGCUACAACAGCCGGACGACCACGUGGAUGAAGGCGGAGGAGACGGGGACGCCGAUCCGGAUCGAGGACCCGAAUCAGUUCGUGCCUCUGAACACAGACCCAACUGAGGUGCUGGUGAAGAGAAACAAAAUCAGAGAGCAGAACCGGUUCGAUGUCAUGUCUUCGGGGCCGCGCUCGCAGCACCUGGCAGGAAUCCCCGUUGAUCCUCCUCGGCGGGAUCAGGUGCAGAUUAAAGUUCUGCCAUACGUGCCCACAGAGGAGGACCAGAUGGCUCCCCUCCCUCCCAACCCCUUCAGUGAGCUGUCAGAGAAAGAGCUGGAGGAGUACCGCAAGAACGUGGAGAGGAGGCAACUGGGCCUCACCGAUGGCGAGCACGAGCUAACCUCCGACGACGGCUCCACUCUCUCUCAGUCUCUGUCUCUCACCCAGUCCCCGCAAAGCACUCCAGCUAAAGAAGAGAACCACACGGGCCUGAUGAACGGCAAAGACGGCCACGGCGACGCCGACGACGAGCUGUCGAAGCGCGUCAGCCAGCUGACCACCAGCGUGGAGAGCGUGGAGAUCACGGUGCGGCCCGGCGAGAAGAUCGAGGAGGCGCUGUCCCCCGAGAGCUCCCCCUCCAAGUCGCCCAACACCAAGAAGAAGAAGAAGUUCCGCACCCCGUCCUUCCUGAAGAAGAACAAGAAGAAAGAGAAGCUGGAGGCCUGAGGGCCAAACGCAGAGCGCCAGGCGGGGAGGGGAAAGAUUCUGUUCAAUGUUUUUAUUUUGUCUUUGUCUCAAUGUUCUGUCAUGUUUUUAAUUUUAUUUGAUUUUUUUUUUAACAAAAGAUUUUAAUGUGCAAAAAGAAAGGAUUUAAGAAAAAAAAAAGGUUGGUUUGUAAGAAAAAGGAAUAUUUGGGUAAUUAAUGUGGGAUUGUGGGUGGAGGUGUUGAUCUGCAGCAGGUGUGUCGGCUCACCUGGUCACCUGCUCAGCCUCACUUCAGGCCAUUUAAAUCCUGAAUAACUGGCUCCUCUUUUUUUUUUCCCAGGCUGACAGCAGAACUUGAAACCACUCGGUGUAUUUCUUGCUUUGAUGAAAUGAUUGGACUGCAGCACGAGUGUUGUGAAACUGCACCUGUUUGAAAUGCAUCCUCCCCUCCUCCUUUUCUCUCUCUGUUUUUUUUUUUUUUAAAGGUUUGUUUUUACAUCUCUGCUGCCCGACUCUGAAAUUUCAAGUCACACUGGAAAAAAUGAAGAGAGAAAAAAAAAAAACAAGCAAACACCCAGCCGCAGGGGUUGGAGUGGAUUUAAUUGCUGUGAGAGACGUUUCUUCUCACUUUCUCCUGUAAUUCAAGCUACUUCAGGCGAGGUCUUCUGACUCGAACCUUCAGCUGAUUGCUGCUGAACCACACACACCAGUUCAAGGAUUUUGUCGAGCAGGAAUAGAGAGAAUGAAAGCCGGCAGCCUGUUUCGCAAAAUAUUUAUGUAGCAUUUUCAUAUCUUCAUCUCAAUCUCACUUUGUGUGUUUUUCCAGUUUGUUUUUGCCUAAUUGAAUUGGAAGAAUGAAAGAAAGGAAAAAAAACAAAAAAAAAAACAAAAAAACAAUGUCAUUUUAGUGAAGCGUCACAUUCAUUUAUCGUUUGUCAUCUCAUGAAAUUUGAUCUUUUUUUAUUGAGCACAGAUUUGGUAUUAGCGGACUCUGUUUUGUACUCGUUUCUACUCUUUUCCAGAGAACACCGAUGUUACGCAUGUUUUCUCCUGAACUUACUCGGCUGACUGACUUCUGUAGUGAUGCCUGAUCGCUCAAAGUAUAUUCUAAUCUUCAGAAUACACAAAGUUACUAUAUAACACAGAUAUAUGAGAACUGGAUAUGUUGGCUAUAGUUUUUUUAAACUAUAUAUAUUUUUUAUUUUAUUGUGCGGCACUUUUCUCGUGGUUAUAUAACACAGUUCGUAGUUUCAGAUGGUUCAGCAGUGAAGGAUGUUUUUUUUUUGUUUUGUUUUUUUUCUUCUGGGGGGGGGAAUAAAAAGUUGUGCACGUAGCAAAGCGAGGCAGGUUGUCGGAGGAAGGCCAGGAAACAGAAAGUGAGACGAGUGAAGGACGGAGGAAUUAUCUUUCAUUUGUGUCACGUGUGAGAGCCGCUUUGUGCUUCUCCACUCCACUCGUGUUCCUGCAGAUGUGAGACCUUGUUAAAACUCUGGGCCGUCUCCAGCUGAUCUUGGGUCACGAGGACCGGAGAGGUGGCGUCUUUGCUUGGUGUGUGUGUGUGUGUGUGUGUGUGUGUGUGUGUGCGUGCGUGUGUGUGUAUUAAAGCCAUAUUGUAAGUUUUUCCUCCAUUAAUUUCAAUAAGAUGAGGGUUGCUGUUCCUCCUCUGCCUGCUCGGGCGUCUCGGACCCUUUAGAGAAUCACCCCAGUGACUGCAUCCACACCCCUCAGGCUCCUCAAGCUUUAUUACACUUUUUGUUUUUUUGUUUUUUUCUUUUUUCCCAGUAGCUCCAUUCACAGCAGCUACGCUUCCCCCCUUGAUUUUUUUUUUUGUUUUCCUCCAAGAACUGGAACGUAACGAGGAGGUGGCGUGGAACAUUCAGUUUUGAUCCGAUCACUCGGUCAAUAUCUCGGCGUCGGAAAACCUCCCCUCGUUGUAAUUUCUCUCGUAAACACCGUCGUGUUGUAAAUGUCAGAUGACCCAGGGUUGAACUCUGAAAAGCCAAAGUGUGAUGGGUUCCCACGUAUCCUCCUCCCCCCGCCGUUUAACCAGAUGUACCAAUAUCCCAGCGAGCAAUGUGAAGUAUUGGAUUUAGUGGGAGAGGGGGGCCGGAGGGGGCCGGGGGGGGGGGGGGGGGGGGGGGGCUCGGGUGCAUCUUUAGCUGUGUUAAAUGGUAGCUUUCGGCUCUGGGCGAAGAGCUGAGGUCACACAACUGAGAGAUGGAGAACGGGAGGUGCGAGUUUGGAAAUGGAAGUGCAUAUGCGUGUAGUAGAGCGAGGCAGGCGGGAGAGACAGCCUGACACUAACGCACCAGGUUUUUAUCACUCAGACUGUCUUUCUCUUUCAGACCAUCUCUCCUGGAAAUCUUUUUUUUUUCAUCCUCCAUUUGUGUCGCAGUAUGCUUCUAUUUUUUUCGUUUUUCAUAGUUUGCAACAAGCACUAGACCUUUUUUUUUUUUUCCAUUUUUAUUCACCAGUUUAUGAGCAGAAAUUGCUCCCAGAUGAACUGAAUGUGCUUUGCAUCCUUUUUAUUUUCUCCUCUUCUGUUUUCCGACUGUUUUGCACCUUGCUUUACUAAUGCCUCUCUAUUCACAUCUUGUUUUUGUUUUGUUUUGUUUUUUUUUUCUCCUGUUCUUAAACGAAAGAGCGAGUUUUGCUUUGGCAUGCCAGAAUGAGCCAAGCUACUUUUGUGACCUGUGAAAA